CUUUCACCGGAGUCUGUUUCAGUCAGUGGUAUAACGCUAUCUAGAGCGGACAUUGGUGCCACCAUGGACAUGAAGGAUUCUCUGGUUAAGGGCGGUGUGCUGAUUGCACAUAAGAUCCAUGAGGGAAAGCAUCAAUAUGUAGUGGAGAAUGUGGUGAAGUACAAAAUGGAGAAUGAAGGAAAACUUUAUGUCAGAAAAGGAGACAAGCUUCUGCAGAUAAAUGGCAUGGACCUGAAUGAUCUUACACCUGAGGAGCUGGCAAAGAUGAUAGCUGAGGGGAGUCCAAUGCUGACAGUGUGCAAACCAGCCAAGGAAGAGGACCACACUGAGCAGACAUCCCUGACUGAAGACACUUUACAACCAGUCUCUAAAGAGCCCACACUCAUCAGCUUUAGCUGGGAGAUGACAAGGGAGGAUGACCCGGAGGGACCUGUAGUGGAACCGCAGGAAGAAGAAAAGGAGACGGGGAAUAUUGAAGAGGAUCUUUGCCAAGCGAAAACUGAGGAGAAUGAGAUGUUUGUUGUUGAGAUGACAAAAACUAGCAUCUCUCUGGUGAGAGGCAGGGGCUGUGAUAAGACAGGAUGUACAUUUAAUGACAUCAUCAUGGUGGCAGAAUCCAGCACGGUGACGCUCGUUCCGAGAGGAGGCGGCAGUUUCCGGCAGGAAAAGUUGUCGAAUGUUUUAAUUGAAAAUCUGGCCACUCGCCAAUACCUCCGAGGUAUCUGUUCUGAGAAGAUCGUCUAUGCUUCUCCAAAUCCAGAGAAAAUUACUAUCUACUACUACAAGUCAAGCGGUUUCAGAAGGGGUUCCAGUGGGAUGCCAGUGGUGCUAAACCUCACCGAUUCCAACUGCUUCCUCAUGUGCUGCAAGCAAGCGGACAGGGUGUUCCUUAAAGUGGAGACAUGUGAGAAGCAGAGGCUGAAGCAGAUCUCCAAGAGCGAUGAGAGUACCCUCUCCUUUGUGUUUUACAUGAAGGGUGACUCAGCGAGACGACGGAGAUUUGAGUCAGCAUUGUAUAGCGGUUGGUUCAUCAACGUUUGCAACACAGACACAGUGGGCGUGGCAACCCUGGAUGGACAUACAGUGGAUCAGUCCUUCCUCUUCGUCAUUCAAAAGUGACGGAGAGUCAUUUUCCUCUGCAUUUUCAGGACUCAGAAAAGUCAGUUACAUUUUUAAAAAAAUUCUUGUAAAUAUUUCGUGUGACCUGGUUCAACAACACAAACCAACAUCCAUGUUUCAAAUUCUGCUGCUGCAGAAAUCCAUAGUUCUCUAACUCUUUAAGGCUAUGCCUUUACACAGCUGUCAUUCCACAUGUCCCUACCUGAGAGAUGACGUGGAAAAUGAUCUCAGACACCAACUGUAGUGUUACGCUUUCGUUUUUUACUUGCCUCAGUGACCUUACCCCAAGUGAUGAAUGGGUCAUCCUUCUUGUACCCAGGCUCUGCUUCCUCUACAGAAGGUAAGUCUGUGGGAUUGAGGAGAUCCUCAAAGUAUUCCUUCCGCCAUCUGACUUACAUCCUCAGUUGAAACUGGCAGCACCCGUACCACACACCGCAAGUUUCUGAGUUGCCUGAAGAUUUGCUAGAAUCACUUUGAGGCUGACUGAAAGUCUUAAUGCAUGCUCUCACCAAACACAUUCAAGUUUUUGCUUCAGAGCCACACUCCACCUGGCCCUACCAAGAAGGGCACCACCCACCUUGCAGCCGCAGCUCAUUGCAGCAACCUCAACAAUGGAGGUUGGGAACACGGCCAAGGGGCCUCACUGUUCCCUAUUUCCCUCACAAUGUUGUCAAAUUUCUGCUAGAAGUGGGAAUUUGACAUUUCACAGACCAGAGCGUAAACCCAACACUCCCAGCACACCCUCACUCUGUGUUUAGAUAUGCCACGCCCAUCCAGCAUCCUGUCCCACCACCUGAUCCAGCUCACCACCAGGCGAACGUAGCGAUCAAGUGUUCCUUGGUGUCGGGAAUAUAGGGCAGCAGUUCCAAAGAUACGAUUACAAAAUCAAUCAUUGGCCUGCGACCUAGGAUGUCUGAUAUGUACCGUGUACUGAUACGUAAACAGAGCUGGGGUCCGUUGUUGUUUAAAGUCUUUCAAGCUGAAUUUUUUUGUUUG